AUGGCAAGCGACAGAGGCACAUUAUUACACGUGAAUCAACGCAUCACACCCUUCUUGCACGUGAUAAACAGUGAUCCGUUUGUAGUCGAACUCGGAUACUGCAUCAAUAAAACAUUAAAACAGAAACGAAAAAAAAAACAGAACAGAAAAAAGUUGAAGGUUACACCAGAGUUAUUAAAAGCGUGCGACCAAGUGUCAGCUUCAGUAGCAGCAGCAGCAGUCUGGUUCGUGAUGUCAUCAAAUAAUGAUUUGGACGAGAGAGCAGUUGUUGAGAAUGCAUCUUCCCAGAUGUUGGCAGAUACUUUAGCAGCUGUCACUGAUGGAGCUCCUCCUAUAAGCUUGUCAUCUUCAAAUGCAGUCAUUCGAGUUUAUGGAGGAAAUGAAUGGUAA